UUGAACCGUCGUUGGCGUACGUUGGCCACGCCUGAUCGUAUAUCGCACUCUCGGAGUCCUCCCGUCCGAUACCGAUAACAAGUAUCCGGUGCAUUCGUAAAACGAAGAAGGACAUAUAUCGAUCGUCUUAUCGAUUGUCUCUUCUCAACGCUCUUGCGAUGAUCUUUUGAGAUCCACGAAAAUAAGGGCGAUAUCUAACGAAGAAAUUAGCGGGAUGAUGCUCCCAACGAGGAUAUCGAUGAUCGCCUUACUCGCUCUCUUCGCAUUGAUCUUAUCCAUCGAUGUGACCAAUGGAAGACCUCGCAUAAGGCAUCACAAAGGGGGUACCCAUUGUAGCAGAUGUGGUCCAGGUUGGGGCGUAACGAGUCGAUGCGUUCGUGGCCGUGACACCGAGUGCGCAAAAUGUCUACCUGGCACUUAUAGUCCACAUCACAGCACACAGCCGUGUUGGAUUUGUUCGAGAUGUGGUCCAGGACUUUAUGAAGCUCAUUCCUGUACAUCGAAAACCGACACGGUCUGCGAUUCCUGCCAUCGAGCUGCUCCCGAUAAUCCAGAUUAUCUUAGGAAAUGCAAAACUCGUGGAAAUUUCUUUUUAGCGCCCGAAGAUGCCGAGGACACUGCCGAGGAAAGUGUCUUGAUAAAUCAAUCCGAUCGGGUAUUUCAUUUCGAGGACAGACAACAAGAGAUUCUCGAGAAGGACGUUGAAACUGCUGGUUUCCUCGAUGAGCCCAGCGACGAAAAUGAUUUUGAUUAUGAGUCGUCGAAAACUAUGCAAAGGCUUUGAAUCGUUUAACGAAAAGAUAAAAGUAGGAAAACAAAACGAUCGACGAAACGAUCGACGAUUCGUUCUCCUAUACUAGUCAAUUGGGGUUGGCAUGCGUGCCUGCGUGCGUGAAGUUGCGCGCGUGCGUCGUCUAUAUGUGACGCGCGCGAUUAUGCCGAACGCUCUUCCGAGCCGGUAUUUUACUAACGAGAUUAACUCAAAAAAACGCAUCAAUUUUUUUGCACAAGGGCCAUUAACGGGGCACGCUUUGUAUAUAGCUCUUUUAUUUUAUUCAUUCUAUUUAAGUACGUACAACACUUGCGGUCAAUCGUAUAAGAAAAUUAUACUACCACAUUGGAAUGCGUAUGCACCAUACUUUCAUCUUGUCUCGCGUCAUUUAUUUAUUUUUUUGUCUUGUCUUAUUUCUUUAAUUAGCAUCGGUAUCUUAACCUCGCGUAGAAAGAACUGCUGCGUGUAUGCACAUAACUAUAUAUAUAGACACGCGUCACACCGAACGUCCAUCUUGUAUAUAGUUACAUAUAUUUCUGACUUUAAUGUUACAAUGAUAGGCGCGUGUGCCUAUGUUCUCAUACGCGAGGUUUCUUUCUAAUUAUCUUUCCAUCCAAAGCUUUCGAUUUUAAGAGGACGAAAGGAGCGGAAAACGAGCCCGCUUUUUUCGUGUUUGGAUUUUUAAUUUGCGUCGCACAGCAAUUAAACGUCCCGUAAAUUAAACGUCCCUAUAUAAAUUAUCCAAAGAGCAUCGCUUUGUGUCGCUUACGAUCAAAUGUAAAUUAAAGGCGCGUUGUCGUGGUCGUACCAUUUUUUAUUUUCUUUUUCCUUUUUGAACAAAUUAAAGACGAUUAUUCCAACGAGCGCUAAAGUAUUCUUCGAUAUCGUAAUUACGAAGUGAUCACGAUAUCGUCGAUUGGGUCUAUGUAUAUAUACAUACUACUACAGAUAUAUAUAUAUAUAUAUAUAUAUAUAUA